UUUUCCUUUAUCUGUCAAAAGCAAAUGUCAAACAAUUCCGAAACAAAUCUCAGGAUAUUCGCGACGAUUCCAACAAAAGUGUAAAAAAAUAUAAAUUAAUUUCACUUUAAAAUGUCGGAAAAUGGGCACGAUGCGUAAGAAAACUCAAGUGUCUUUCGUGAUUAGGGACGAGGAGGAAAGGCGGCAUAAAAAUGGUGUUAGUUCGUUGCAACUGGAUCCAAUACAGGGCCGAUUGUAUUCGGCCGGUAGGGAUGGGAUUAUACGAGUGUGGAGUACCGCGACCGGUGUGCAGGACCGGUACAUCCAGAGCAUGGAGCACCACACCGACUGGGUGAACGAUAUCGUGUUGUGUUGCGGCGGCAAGAACUUAAUUAGCGCGUCAUCCGACACUACUGUGAAAGUGUGGAACGCGCCGAAAGGGUUCUGUAUGUCUACUCUACGGACUCAUAAGGACUAUGUACGUACUCUAGCGUACGCUAAGGAUAAGGAACAGGUUGCAAGUGCAGGCUUGGAUAGAGCUAUCUUUCUCUGGGAUGUCAAUACUUUGACUGCUUUGACUGCCAGUAACAACACUGUUACUACAUCGAGUUUAGUUGGUAACAAGGAGUCUAUAUACAGUCUGGCUAUGAAUCCACCUGGCACUAUCCUUGUUAGCGGUUCAACAGAAAAAGUCUUGCGAGUUUGGGAUCCGAGAAACUGUUCACGGCUCAUGAAAUUAAAAGGACAUGCAGAUAAUGUUAAGGCAUUAGUUGUAAGCAGAGACGGCACUCAGUGUGUGUCAGGCAGCUCAGAUGGAACUAUCAAACUAUGGUCACUAUCACAGCAGAGGUGUGUCUCAACUAUAAGGGUCCAUUCUGAAGCAGUUUGGGCUUUGUUAGCUACCGAAAACUUUAGUCACAUUAUUUCUGGAGGACGAGAUAGGCUAGUCAUUAUCACGGAACUACGUAACCCUGAUAACUUUAUAGUGGUAUGUGAAGAAACAGCACCAAUACUUAAACUUUGCUUCACCGCAGACCAAACAGGAGUUUGGGUGUCCACAUCAGAGUCCGAUAUACGUUGCUGGAAACUGCCUCCACUAAACUCCUUAGAAAUGUAUAACCAAAACAAUUAUAAUACGAAUAAUGUGUACCAAACACAACCCCUGCACAACAUUCCUGGAGGCCCCGCUAUCAAACACUACACAGUAUUGAAUGACAAAAGACAUGUGGUAACAAAAGAUACCGCAAACAACGUAGCUUUAUACGACGUCUUAAAAGCUUCUAAAUUAGAAGAUUUAGGUGAAGUUGAUUAUGAAGAAGAAGUAAAGAAACGAUUUAAGAUGGUCUACGUACCUAAUUGGUUCAAUGUAGAUUUAAAGACUGGAAUGUUGACAAUACAUUUGGGGCAAGACGAAACUGACUGUUUAAGCGCUUGGGUAAGCGCAAAAGAAGCUGGUUUGACUACAGAGAAUGAUCAGAAGGUUAACUUUGGUGCGUUGUUGCUGCAAGCGCUGUUGGAUCAUUGGAAUCAUCCGAAUAGGGUGAAUGAAGCAGGGCAAAGAGUGAUUGGGAACAGUUACUUCAGUGUGCCGUUGCAUACGCCUCUUAUUUUCAGCGAAGUCGGUGGAAGAACACUCUAUAGAUUACAGGUUGGUGAUGCUGGCGGUGAGACGGAAGGCAACCUCCUCGUGGAGACCGUACCGUCGUGGGUGGUAGACGUUGCUAUCGAGAUGGCAGCACCGAAGCUUAAUAAACUGCCCUUCUAUUUACUGCCCCACUCCAGCUGCCAAAGUAAACAGGAUCGACAGAAAAAGGACCGCCUCGUAGCCAACGACUUCAUCCAAUGCCGUAAAGUAGCCGAGCACGUUGUUGAGAAGAUAGUCGGCGGCGGCGAUGUGAACGGAGCCAGUGCAGGCAGCGGCCGCGCCAGCGCCAACGAGGACAGCGGGAACGACGCGCCCGAGGAGAGGGUCGAGUUGCUGUGCUGUGAUCAGGUGCUUGACCCCAACAUGGACCUACGGACGGUCCGCCACUUCAUCUGGAAGUCCAACGUCGAGUUCACACUACACUAUAGGGUCCUAAAACAAUGAAACAAACCUAACCUCUACCGGACACAGUUCAGGAAGUACUGUACUUUCCAUUGCUUGUAUAGAUUGUGAAAAAAAAAACAGUGUUCAGUGUUCAAAAUUUGACAGUUGAAGUGUCAGUUGUUAAGAAGAAAGAAAUUGGAUUUAUCGGGUAAAUAAUAUAUGGCUUCGCUUUAAUGUUCAAUCUAAUUGAUAAGACCCUUUUUGGUUGGUUAAAAUUGUUAUAAGUAAUGCAAAUAUGAUAAAGCGACAUUUUUUAUUAUACUUGAUACUUAUUGGACUACUAACGUGACUUCAGUCACGUCAUAAAAAUAGUAUUUUUAAUUAAAAGAAAAUAUAAUUUAACUGUUCACUGUAAUUAUCUUGUAUUAUGAUUGAAAUAGAUUGGAACAUAAGGAAAUCAUAGUUGAUGUGUAAUAAAAACCUUUUUCGUACACAAAUAGAUUCGAAACCGAGAUACUCAGACUAGGAUUAAAAGCCUUCAAAACUAUAUUUAUCAUAGCUACAGUAUUUAUAUCAACAAAAGCACCUGCACAACGUUUAAACCAGACAUUAAAAGGGAUUACGAAUGGGUAUUAAAAGUAAAAAACCCUAUUUAUUCUUUCAAUAAAAAAUAAUCGACACGUAUUUUUGCCUUCUGAGCAAUAAAAAUUUCAACUUCUACAUUUUCUAUAUAUUUGUGUAGUUACCGACACGGAUCUUGAGCGCUCGGCGGAAAAAGGGCCAAUCAAUUGUGCGUACUCGUCGUGCAUGCAAUUGCAGCAAAGAACAAAUUUCAACUUUGACGGGCCUGUGGGUCUAGUGGUUAGUGACCCUGACUGCUAUACCGGAGGUCGUGGGUUCGAUUUCCACCCGGGACAAAUGUUUAUGUGAUGAGCACGAUCAUU